GUCCAUUGAAGGUAACGAAGCUAUGGCAACUUACAUCUGGGAUCUGCUCUCAGGAACCCUUCUAAUGUCAAGCAUUGUAAGAGUGCAACUCCCUGCUGUGAAUAUGUGUUUAUACAUGCAGUGGACAAGCAAAAUUGACACAGGAGUUAGUACUAGUGCCUGGUAUCUCUCUUGCUUCAAUGGAGCCAGGAAAACACAGGAAUUUCUGGAUCAGAUCAGUCCAGAAAUCCUCUAGGCCAGUACACUGUCUCAACCAUUGUCAGGCACUUCAGAGGAAGAUUCAAGAAACUCUGCAAUGGAUAAUUAUGGAAUAAUUUGCUUCUUGGAGAAUCUUUUUCCUAGCUCCAUCAGUUGGUGGUUAGCCUAUGAGUUGAACCAUGGAGGGUUAUAUAUGAUUUGAACCAUGGAGGUGUUCUUUGAUGUGAAGAUCGGAGAGAAAGAUGUUGGCAGAAUUGUAAUUGGCUUGUUUGGAAAAGUUGUCCCAAAGACUGUUGAGAACUUCAUUGCACUGGCAACUGGGGAAAAAGGAUAUGGGUACAAAGGAAGUAAAUUUCAUCGUGUGAUCAAAGAUUUCAUGAUUCAAGGUGGAGACUUCACAGCUGGAGAUGGAACUGGAGGAACAAGUAUCUAUGGAGAGAGGUUUCCAGAUGAGAACUUUAAACUCAAGCACUAUGGAAUUGGAUGGGUUAGCAUGGCUAAUUCUGGUCCAGAUACCAAUGGUUCUCAGUUCUUCAUCACUGUGACAAAACCUUCCUGGCUGGAUGGAAAACAUGUAGUAUUUGGCAAAGUCAUUGAUGGAAUGUCUGUGGUGCACGCUGUAGAACUUCAGCAGACAGAUGAACAUGACCGCCCUCUUCAAGACUGUGUGAUCGUGAAUAGUGGCAAAAUAGCUGUAAAAGAACCAUUUGUAGUUGAAGUAGAGGAUUGAUGAACUCAACAGCUACCCUGGAAGAGAAAACAUAAUGGCUUUUUCUUUUGGGGAUAAAAUAUGGGUGCAGAUAAAAAUUAUCCAGUGACUUCUUCCAUAUAAAUGCUCAAUGCUGUCGGCAAACAAUGCGGUAAACUCAGCAGUUGUAAGAUGUGCAAAGCUUCUAUGUAUUUAUGUUGAAACUUCAGGGAACCAGCGCUUUUUUAAAUAUAAGGGACAUGUCACUAAAACCUAGAGCUGGUCGAAAAUCAUGAAAAAUUGUUUUCAUUUUGCAGUGUUUGAACAUGGUUUCAUUUUCUGUUUUGUCAUGAAAUUUUCCACAGUUGUUACUGGCAUUUUCCUUGAAAUCCGUAUAUACUGAAAACCAGAUCUUUGAUAAACAAAUUUUCAAAUGAUUUAUGUAAGAAUUUUAGUAAAAUCAUGCAAAAUUUUGUGAAAAGCAGAAUUUGAUUUCAAUGAUAUAUUUUUCAAAAACGUUUUUGGAAAAAAAGCCAUUUUGCAUCAAAAUAAUUCUAGGUGAAAAAUCUCAACGGGCUCUACUAAAUACACAUUGGUGCAGCUUUUCUAGAGAUAAGGUCACAAUACUAGAGAUGCAAGUGGCUUAUCAGUUCAAAUCCAUCUCCUGAAAGUGCAGGAUCAAGUUGUUCCCGUUUCCAGAUAAAGGCUAUAUUAAAUACAAGAUUUAGCCAAGACAGAGCAGAUCACUUUGUAUAAUAAACUGUGGUUAUAGUAACUCAUUUUAAAAAGGAUCCUUCUCUUAAUGCAUGAUGGAUUUUAUGUGCACAGCAAUCCAUGCCAUGCAUACCAGAAGGAAACCAAAGUUUUCAACUAAAAGGUUUUCUAAAAGCUAAAGCGACUGCACUUUAGACUUGAAUUUUUGUAACCCUGCCCGGCUAUUGCUAGUAGACAGAACAAAUUUGAUAGUUUUUAAACAAGGUAUAUACAAAGGCUUAAUUAAAGAUUGUUAUAUGGAAUUUUUGAUGAGCUAUAUAUGUAUGCAAUAUUAAACUUUUUUGGAAUA